AUGGAGAAAGGGGAAGAAUGCACUUCUUCUAGGCGACCUCUGUUUUUUGUGGAAAACAGUAAUUAUAUGGAUACGCCAACGCCGGGAGAUGAUGAAGUAGUGAUUGAUAAUCAUGAUGUAGUGUUGGGGAAGGAUGAUGAUGUGGUGGUUUUAGAGUCAACGCCGGGAAAUGAUAAUGAUGGUAUUUCAAAGCCAACCUCAGGAAAUGAUGAUGAUGGGGCAAGAAAACGUAUUACCAACAUUUCUAAACCCCGUCCAACAACAAAGACUGAUUGUAAGGCGAGAAUUAAUGCAGUUUUGGCUGAUGGUGUCUUACGUAUAACUACUGUCUGCAAUGCACAAAACCAUGGGUUAAGUCCACAAAAGGCAAGAUUUUUUAGAUGUAAUCGCGCAAUUGAUGAUUCUGUAAAGAGGCAAUUAGAUAUUAACGACAAGGCAGGCAUAGGUAUGUCCAAAAGUUUUAACGCAUUGGUUGUCGAGACUGGUGGUUUUGAGAAACUUCCAUUUAUUGAAAAAGAUGCCCGGAAUUGUAUUGACAAAGCUCGACACCUUAGACUUGGCAAAGGAGGUGCUGAUGCACUUCAUGGUUAUUUUGAGAGAAUGCAGUAUAAGAAUGAUGGGUUUUACUCAUCGAUGGGUUUGGAUGAUGAUGGUCGAUUAAAAAAUGUCUUCUGGGCCGAUGCACGCAGCAGAGCAGCGUAUGAGUAUUUUGGAGAUGUUGUGACAUUUGAUACAACAUACCUGACAAAUAGAUAUGGUAUGCCAUUUGUCCCGUUUGUUGGUGUUAACCACCAUGGUCAGUCAAUACUUUUGGGAGCAGGUUUGAUAUCAAGUGAAAAUACUGAAACAUUUGUUCGGUUAUUUGACACUUGGUUGAAAUAUAUGGAUGGGAGGGCGCCAAAAGCUAUCAUUACUGAUCAAGACAGGGCCAUGAAAAAUGUUAUAGUAAUAGUCUUUCCAAAUACUCGACAUAUAUACUAUUUGUGGCACAUAAUGAGAAAACUACCAGAGAAGUUGGGUUCACAUGCUGAAUUUAAGUCUGGUUUAAAAAGUGGAUUGCAGAGAUGUGUUUAUGAUUCUCAGACUUCUGACGAGUUUGAGAAGUCUUGGGAGGUAUUUACUGAUACCUACAAUUUGAAGGAAAAUGCAUGGCUUCAAAGUCUCUAUAGUGAGCGAAUGUAUUGGGUUCCUGUAUACCUGAAAAAUACAUUUUGGGCCGAGAUGAGCACAACUCAGAUGAGUGAGAGCAUGAAUGCCUUCUUUGAUGGAUAUGUACAUUCGGGUACUACAUUGAAAGAAUUCGUCAAUCAAUUUGACAAUGCACUGAGGAAGAAAGUAGAAAAUGAGAUGGCAGCGGAUUUUCACUCAUUCAAUGCCACAGUACCUUGUAUAUCUCAUUUACCCUUGGAGAAAAAAUUUCAGGCAGUGUACACGAAUUCGAAAUUUAAGGAAGUGCAGUCAGAGGUAAUGGUGAUUAUCUACUCUCACUGUGUUAUCAUAAAAACAGAAGAGGCUAUUACCACGUAUCAAGUUAAUGACAGUAGAGAGGUUGAAGACGGCAUCAAGAAGUCAACUGUGCAGGCGUACUUUAAUGAAGAAGAGUGUGAGGCGAAGUGCAUGUGUGGGUUAUUUGAGAUGAGAGGAAUUAUAUGUAGGCACAUGCUUUCAAUAUUCGCCGUAAGGGAUGUCCAAGUGUUGCCAGAGAAGUACAUUAUGGAGAAGUGGAGGAAGGACAUUAAACGUAGAUAUGUUCUCAUUCGAAGCAGUUACAAUGACUUGAGUGGUAAACCAGCCGCUACUCGGAGCUACGUUCUUGGAGGGUGA